GUUAUCAAAGUUAUGGCGUCAACACCGGGUCCAAAAAAGCCGAAGUAGUAACUAGUAGAGCUUCGUUCCGAUAAGAGCCCCUAUCAAGAAUACCGAUUUUCGUAAUAAUUUACCCGUGGAAUAUGAACAUGAGUGGUCGAAAAGCUUGAAGGAUUUGAUUUGUGAUUGGAUAGUGACAGUGGAAAGGGUUAAAACCACAUCCUUCAAGAAUCAAGUACCGCAUGAUGUCGCUGCUAAGUGUUACAGUAAAGAAAGCUCGUUUCGUUGGAAUUCAAGCACAACAAUUCAAUACCUACGUAACACUCAAAUUACAAAACGUUAAAUCUACAACGGUAACGGUGAAAGGAGCAACACCAUGCUGGGAGCAAGAUUUUUUAUUCGAGACCAAUAAUUUGGAUACUGGUCUACUUAUAGAAGUCUGGAGUAAAGGAAUGAUCUGGGAUAGAGCGAUAGGAUACCAUUGGAUACCAUUGCAAACAAUACAAUAUUCUAAUGAGGAAGGAAAUGGUCAAUGGAGAUCAUUGGAAGCCGAACUGGUUAUGAGAGAUGGUGAAGUCAUUGGUACUAAAAUGCCAACUGGUCACUCUCUUCUUCUAGAUUGCCGAUUCGAACUUCCUUUCGAUGCCGAGAAUAUAGAAGCUAUGGAUCUUCAACGAAAACUUGAAAUGCUCAACAAUAGCAUGAGCAUGGAUCAAGAAGGCAGGCUGGAUAAUUUCCGCAGGCAAAUGAUAUAUCUUGGACACUCUCAUGAUAAUCAAUUUGAAAAUGACAUUUCAGCGGGGUACAGUGAAGAUAGCGACUACACUUCAGACCUAAACUACCCCGUAGGGCAACACCCUAAUUCCUCAGCUUCUCAAUUUAGAUCGGCCGCUUAUCAAAUCAAUACUCCACAGAGAUCUCUGGAGACCUCCAGAGAAAACUCAUCGGAACGGGCUGAUACUCCUAACGCGUAUAAUCACCAGCAAAUGUUGGGUGUUUCACAAAACCAGCAGCAUCUUAGUCCUGAUGUUCAUAGACGUCAUUACCAGCAUCCUUCUUCUACGGAUAAUUGUGCGACUUACAAGAACAAUCAACGUAGUCAAAAUUCUAACCAACUUCAGGAAAGUAGUACUGAUACUGAACCACUUUUUUAUAAUAGCCGGCCCCAUAAUCAGAAACUUAGUCAGUCAAACUAUUCAAGUCGUGAAAAUUGGAUGAGUUGUGAAAGUAUGAGUUACAAUCAAAGUAAUGACAGUUUUGAUGCUACUUACUACGCAGACGCCAAUGAAACUUUGAUGACACAAUAUUCCAAAGGACGACGACCCAGUUUAGAGAGGCAAACUACAUUGUACGAUGAUGCUAGUUACGACUAUGCUGGGUAUUCUACAAGCACUGUCAGCAGGUAUUCAUCAUUUCAACAAAAUAAAAGUGUGGAGGAAUACUAUGAUUCGCUGCCCUAUCCAACUCAAGACGAACGAUUCGGACAAGAAGAUGAAGACCGUCAAUGGGAUAGUGGAGGGUACAAUAUGUACGUCCUUCCAAAACCAAGAACGUCUAAGAAAUUACCUACUAUACCAGCCCAACUGCAAAAUAUAACUAAUAAGCAACUACCUUCUAUACAAAAUUUACAAAAUACAGAUACCUAUUCCUUAUAUGAUGAAUCCUCGAGACCAAUGUCCACCGGCCGUAGAAAAAUGCCUCAGAUACCGACCAAAAUAAAUUCUUGGAGGCAAUUCUCCCAGCAAAGUCAAGAAGAAGGCUGCAAAUCUCCAGAAUCCUAUACUCAUCGAGGAGCCAGUCUUCCUCCAACGCCAACAAAAAAUUCCCGGAUAAUGGCAAGACUUACGCAAGCAUUAGAGCCUACAAGAGCCAUGACUCCCGGACGCAAACUUCCUACCCCUAACCUUAAGGGAAAGAGGAACAAGCAACUGAAAAGGACCAGCUCCGCUGAUGAUUAUGGGGAAUCUCAAAUAGACAAUACUUAUGUUAGAUUUGGAGCUAUAAGUGCCACAGAAAAUUAUAAUGAAGACUACAAUUAUGCAUAUCAAAGUACAGAUAACUUGCCAGUAGCACAGGACAUAGAUGUUUAUACAUUACCAUACGUAGCCAAUGAUAAGAGUGUAGCUUAUCCCCAAGUUCCAACUAGUACGACAUUUCAAAACGAUUUUUAUUAUACGACUGCUCAAAAUUGCGAUUACAAUCAAACUUAUUACAAUGAUGAUGUUUAUAGGAAACAAGGAUUGAGUGAUAUGAAUACAAAUCACUUGAUCCAACAAAACACAGAUAGUUUAGAAUCCCGAGACGAUGAACUUAAAGAUUCGUUUGAUACGGUUGUAUCAUCAAAGAAAUCACUUUAUGUCGGAUCAGUCGUGGAUACAGUCCUCACAAAUACAACACACAAUUUAGACAUAGCACAAAAGAAUAUCCUGAACAGUAUACCGAUUCUUGGGGACCAUCAGCAACAACAACAGCAGACGCCAUUCAGAGCAAUAGAAAACACAACAGCGCUUCCUAGUAUCACCGUAGCUGCUCAAGUGCACAAUCACAGUAGUAUGGGAAAUAAUUCAGUCAAUGGCAAAACGAUUUUGAAGCAACCAAAUUGUGUUGAUACAAAUUAUUAUGGUAGCAAUCAAAUGAAUCAGUUGAAUCAACUGGAAAAUGAUAAAGAAUUACAGGAUGAUAGUUAUUUAGAAACCGAAGAACCCAUAGAGGAGUAUAUUGAAGAAGAGACUGAAGGUAGUAUUAGUUACGGUCAAAAUGCAGUAAAUCAAGCAAUAAAACUCGAUUCCCCAUUGUCUGUGAUACACGUAGAAAAUCGAGAAGAGAAUGACAGUAGUGAAACACAUAUUAUGCGCAGUAGAGAACCAUCACAAGCUAGUGUUAUUAUGGAUCCGUAUCAUCCAGCGGCACUGGCCGCGAUGCAAAGGGCACAACAAGCUGGUACUGGAUCCAGGAGGUCUUCUGCUGAGCAGUCUUACCAAACUUACGACGAUCCGUACUUGAACUAUCAACGUAAAAAUGGAACUGAACCCAGUAUUCCUAGCCGUCGUUUAUCUGUGAGACGGUCACCCACUGCUCAAGAGCAACUUGAAGACGUAUUAGACGAGGAACACUUACAAGAUGUACAGAAGGAGAUAACUGAAGAGACGAGCUUAGUUGUUCCAGAGAUACAUGAAGAAGAAUUGAAAGAGCAAAGACCUCAAAUUACCGCUCAACAGAGAUGGUUAUGGGCCUACAACAAAAUCAUAAUGCAGCUGGACGUGAGUACUAUUAUUAAAAUAUUAAUAUUCGAGAACAUUUUCAAUGAGCGUAUAAAAUUCUAUACGAAAUAUUUUCGAGAAAUCAGUCUACUUUUGAAAAUAUACAUUUUAUAGGUACUAUGAUUAUGAAAAACUUUCGUAGCUAUAGAAAAGAGCCAAUCAAUCCAUUUUGACGUAUGACGUUAGAGCGUGAUGCUGGGG